AUGAUGAUGACUCUAACAUGCUGAUUUUAUCGCAUUAUCAGACUUCAUGAGCUCUUAUUUGCUUCAUCUAUCACAAUACAUGAACAUAUGUAAAUCUUUGUGCUUCCUUCAUGAACCUGACCUGCCUUUGUUAAGGUCUGUGUAAGCUGAAUCUUGCACUACCAUUGUAGAUUUGUGUACUUUUAGCAUGGGAAAUUUUGACUUCAUUACCUCGUUUGCAAUGGCUAUUUUUGUCAGCACUUCACUAUUCUGCACAUGCCAUACUUAGAAUCAAACAUUUGGACUGAUAUGUGGUGUGUAUUUGAUGAGCCACCUUCUUCCUUAUGGUACCUUUUCCUAUGGCCACAUAGUAUGUUCCAGAGCACAGAUGAACUCUUAACUACCGCUCAUGCAAGUGUAACAAAAACAUUAGAAAGAAAAGGAGGUAUUUCUUUCAUUAAAUUGUUGUACUUGUGCAUGAUUGCUUUGGUGUGAAGAAAGUACUGCAACACAGAACAAUAUCAUCCAUUAAAUUGUUGAACCGGCCUGAAAUUGCAUAUAAAUAGAUCUGCAUGUGUGAGCAUGCACUGUCACAUUAUCUGCCAAAGAGCUUUCACUUUUGUUACACCGAAGUCACGAUAAAGUGCAAAUUUACUUUUUCCAUUGUUAGUAUAGCUAGUUUUUGAUCUGCCAUCUCUUUUUCCUUUGUUCUUUGAGUAUUGACAGGUUUCGCCUUGUAAAUAAAUGUUAUCACUUUGAAGCCACUGCUCGUGUCCAUAAAUGUUUUCCUUGUAAUCAGCUAACAUUGUCAUUUACUUCAUUAAGUUACUAAUGUGAUCAAACAACCGUGCUUGGAGUUAAGCUAUGGUGUAUGUGUUGCUCACAUUGGAAGGCAGCUGUAUUUACUUGUAGUGGAGUCGGUAUUUGCCUUCAGGGAAACCUCUGGAAUUGUGUCACAUUAUUCGAAAAAGUCUCAAAACUAAGAUAAAUUCCCAUUCUUCUUCCCCCGCUCCAGCAUUGCUUUUAUGACUUUAAGAUGGCCUUGUCCUUGCUACAUCUUUUGCUGCUGUCACCUUGCUUGUUUUCUCUCAUAUCUUGUCUCGCAUUCACUGUAUUCAUUGGUGUGUGUUUUACAGGAAAUGGAGGGGCAGUCAAUCGUGUUUUGCCCACACAAGAGUUUCCAUUUUACAGCGUCCCUUCUCUCAACGACCUCCUGACUGGUGCCAACAAUGAGCACUCCCUGUCAUCAUCGACAGGCCCGAAUUCCACACCUGUCACAGUCGCAAGCACACAGCAGGCGUCAAUGGCACUGGCACAGCCACGAAAGGAAUUUGCCUGCACCAUCUGUGGCCGCAAGUUCAGCCUCAUGUGCAAUCUGAACCGGCACAAUCUGGUGCACACAGGCGUGCGCAACUUCGGCUGCGAGCUGUGCGGACAGCGAUUUGUGUUGCGACAGCACCUCAAGAAGCACCUCAUGUGGCAUGCCAGGGAGUGCCCGUGAGCACCUUUUGCAGUGAAAGCUGUACAUGGCUAGGCGAAACGAA